AAUUUUCUCCCUUCACCAAACUUUGAAAAGCCUAAUCAAAAGCGAAAGCUUGGAUUUAUUGUAAUUUAGGUAUUCAUGGCAGGGCCGGAAUCAACUAAACAGACCACAACCACCAACAACAAGGUUCAAGCUCAACCAACCAAACAAGUGGCUCGUAGGUUUGUUGGAGUCCGGCAAAGGCCCUCGGGCAGAUGGGUGGCAGAAAUCAAGGACUCAUCUCAACGUGUGAGAUUAUGGUUAGGAACAUAUGAUACACCAGAAGAAGCUGCCAGAGCCUAUGAUGAAGCUGCUCGAGCCCUACGUGGGGAAAAUGCUCGAACCAAUUUUGCCUCGGUUAAUCCUUCGAGUCAAUCGGGUUCUUCCCCUUCUAACGGAGGGUUCAUGUCUGAAUCAGAUGAUCAGCGACCUGGACUUAGCUUCUCUACCUUGAAGGCCAAAUUGAGCAAGAACCUACAAAGUAUCAUGGCUAGGAAUUCAGAAAAUAAUAAGUCAACGAAAAGUAGAGUCAGUGAUCAGUGUACCUUUGCUAGUAUAUUCCACUUCAGGAGCUACCAACACCAAAGCCCUAUGAAUAUAAAGAACAUUGAAAAAGUGGUGCAACCUAGCAUCAUCGUGCCCCAUGUAGCAGACGAACCAUCUUCUUGGGAAAGCUCCAGUGUUUCUGACUGUAGCAGUGAAUGGAUAGGGUUCCGGCAACCUGGGGUGGAUUCAGACGGGUCAGAUAUUGGAGAAGUUAGCGCUGGCGAUCAAGGGUUCAUGGAUCAAAUGAUGGGGUGGAUUGAUAGCCCAGAAAUUAGAGCCAGUCAUGAGGAGUCGAGGAGUAAAAGGUUUAAGGUUUCUUCUUCAGUUGUGGUUCCUCCAACCUUUAGUGGGUCCCCACCUAAUGCUGAGAAACGAAAGGAGUACUAUUAUGGAAUAAAGUAAUUGCUAUGAUCCAUCUUCGUGUUAGAUAAAUCAAGCCAGCUAGCUUCUUUACAAAGGGAUGAGAAGCUUAAGCCAUUUGAAGUUGUUGCAUGCUGUUUUGAGUGAUGAUAAACAUAAGUUUGGAAACAUGUACAGUAAGACUUAUGAGACUUUAGAAUAAUAAGAGACCAUAAGGCAUUUGUUUUACUGUUUACGAAGUUCAGUUGCUGCAAAUAAUCAUAGAACAAGCAUGUUUAAAAGUUAGCCUAGUAACUAUUUAUUAUGUUCC